AUGCCCGACAGAGCUCGCUAUAAUGAAAGAAAAAAAAACAAAAUUCGUUGGAGAGCCGUCGAUGGACUUAGCAAAGCCACAGCCGGUUCUAAGACUGCACAAAUCGCGGCUAUCCGUAAGCAGAUCAAAGAUCUGGAAUGGCGGUUGAAGUUCACAAAAGAGAGCCCGCCGCACGUGGCCGACUCCAGUAAAUUUAAGGUGUGGCAGGAAAGAGUGUCAGCUAUAUCAGAAGAGAAGGCAAACCGAGAGAGCGCGCGUGCGAUGUGGCGCUGCAACAAGAAGAUUGCUUCUGCGGCGAUGAAGAACGAGGAGCAUCGCAAGAAGCUGGAGCACAACUGGAAGGCUAAGGUCCACGAACUCGAGUGCACGCUACUCACGUGCAAGUACCAACUUCGGCGGCACGCGCCGAACGGACCGGAGCGUUUAGAAGAUCUGGAUGCUGAGCAACUGCGACUAGACGAAAAGGCCGCGAAGUUGAGGGAGGAGACCAUGCAGGUGAAUGCGGCGGACGAAGCCCGAGCCGAGAAGAGCGCUGCUAAGAGAGCGGAGAGGAGGGAGAGGGAGAGCAGGAAGAAAGAUGAAGAGCGCCUCGAGAGGGGCCAUGCGAAGGUGCAGUGGGACGACUCUCUCUGUGCAACUUGGCGGAGGGACAUUAAAGCUGCUCAGAACGCCGAAGCAGAGGGGUCAAUAUUUUUGGACGCAGCUUUGUCGGCGCAAGAGACGGAAGUGCCUGAGAUGCAAAGCCUUGUUGAGCGCCGAGACGCACUGAAGAAGACGCUGCAGGAGACAAGCCGCCAAUUUGGGGAGGCAUCUACUCAAUUACCGCGGUUGCAAACACAAGAUUCAAAGGCGGAGAAGCUCAUCGCACAUUGGGAAGCGUUGAGAAGCCAAAGGGAACCUAUCACCCAGCAGUAUCCUCGCUUUCUUGAUCGGCAUAGAAAUUCAGGGCAAUUCAAACAUUUGCCGGAGGAAGAAGUUAGGGCCAUUGAAGGCAAUCUCCCUGAAGGUCACCCAGCAUCGCUCGAAGCGUCUUCAAACAGCUACAACAAUGCAAUAAUGCUAACCCCUGAGAAGCGACAGGCAUAUGAUGAUCGCAAGCCGUUGGAUAUGUCGCUGACAAUCGCCGAGCGCGAACGCGACUUAGAAAAAGCACUGAGUGCAGUGAGAGACGCGGUCAAUCAGCGGGAGAUCGAAUUGGGACGCAAAUUGACGCGCAACGAGUACGAACAUCUAAGGAGUAUCAAGAGGAGCGAGGAGUACAAGAGGAUGAGAACAAUGGAUUUUACAGGCGAAAACAAUACACGAAAAUUUGAGCCUACCGCUCGCGAUGGUGGACUUGUCCAUUCCCAGCUCGAGGAUAUCAUAUCUAAGCGGCAAGACCCCACCGCAGAAGUCCGGCAACAGCAAUUGCGCGAUAUACAGCAGUCUGUUGUGCACUUGAAGAAGCUGGCUUCUGCUGCGAAGGCUGACGGUUUUGGUCUGGCAACUGCGAGGAAGGUUGAAGAACUACUCCGCGAGCUGGAAAAAGAGGCCAUUACCGUUGAGCAGCAGACCGAACCCGCUGUCAAAUCCAAAGAGCCAGCUGAGGAAGCAGUGCCACUCAUCCGAUGGUCAAACCAGAAUCCCAACGCGAUCUCCCGCCAAUCUUCUAGGAAAGAGCAGGCAGAGAAGGCUGCUCCUGUUUCCGGUCAUUCGAACCAGCCCCAGCCCCUUCGUGCCUGGUUGAGCCCCUCGCCUGAAGUACCGCCAGUGCGUUCGCUGUCUGAUCAAUUGAAAGCGCAGCUCUCGCCCUCACAGCAAGUCAAGAUUGACGAUGACCUAACCGUCGAUGUCGAAGCCGACGUGCCAGAAUUGCAAAACCAGCUCUUCGAACUCAGCCAGAGGCUGAAGAAGGACUACCCCCUAAUGGAUACGUUACCAUACGACGUAUGGAAAUCGAAGCAGCGCAAAACGCUGCAGACAUGGCUGAAAAUUCUCGUCUGGAAGUGGCAGACGCGAAAUGAUGACAUGGCAGCUGAGAGCGCUGAGGCUGAUCCAGACGUCAGCCAGGACGUCCGAGCGCUGCUGGACCAAAUGAUCCUUGAUCACGAUCUCGACCAGCGAGCCGCAGCGCGCAUGGCGAAGCGAUGGGCAGAAGCCUUCGUACGAAAAGAAGUGAGGAAACUGGGUGUCGAACGAAGUGACGCCGCCGAAGAUCUUAAUUGGGCCCAGAUGGACGCUGGCCUGGGCUUUUUGCAGGACGAGGGCGCGGCCGUUGAUGAGGAGCGAGCGAAAGCCUGGGACACUGCCAAUGCGGCUAAGAAGGAUAAGAGGAAACCUAAGCAACACAUACCUGAGGAUCUGCCAUUUACAUGGAAAGGCAAAGGCCAAGGAUAUCGCAUCGGAGCUAACCACGCGUGGCAAGCCGUGAGCGCAAGCGCAUACCACACGCUUGCUUUCCGACGACAGUACUCUUCCAGGGAAGGCACAAGAAUACCGGAGGUUGAGAGAGACCCUUUUUCUUCAUCCGCAGACAGCCCUGACCCCCAACCCACACCAACGCUUCCGCAUCUGACAUCUUCGGGCGACGCACACAUGGUCUCCGUCUCUUCCAAACAGCACACACCUCGCACCGCCAUCGCCACCGGCACGAUCUGGUUCUCGAACCCCCAGCCGCUCUCCCUUAUCCACUCCGCCUCGAACAAGAAGGGAGACGUCCUGUCCGUCUCCCGCAUCGCAGGCAUCAUGGCCGCCAAACAGACGCCCUCACUCGUUCCACUCUGCCACCCCAUCUCGCUUACACACGUCGGCGUCACUCUACACACCUUUCCCUCAUCAUCCCCAGACCAUGAAAGAAAUUUCGGCGGCAUCGUGGUGGAGAGUAAAGUCCAGUGCGUCGGCCAAACAGGCGUAGAAAUGGAAGCACUAACAAGCGUGAUGGGCGCUGCUUUGAGUGUUGUGGAUAUGUGCAAGGCGGUAGAUAAGAGUAUUAGAAUCGACAAUAUCAGGGUCGUGUUGAAGGAGGGUGGGAGGAGCGGGACGUGGAGGGAGGAGGGGUGGGAAAGCAGGAGGGAAGAGUAG